AUGGCUUCCAAUGGCUCUGAUGCCAGUCUCCCUGGGUCUCCUCGGGAUUCCCUUCCAGCCAUUGUUCCUCCUUCUGCUCCUAUUGAAGUGGCUUCCAGGAAAAGGGGUGGACCGGUGAGGGAGGAUGUUCCUAGGCCUGAUAAAACCUCUAGGUCCAAACUACCUCAGGAUAAGGCCCCAGAAAAAGAUGAGGGCAAGACUACCGACUCAAGUCCCCGCAAGGCCAGGACCAAGUCCAAACACUCUCUACAGCUGCAAAUACUGCUUGCCAAAAUACUGAAUGUGACUGAUGCUAAGAUCUGCAAAGAGAAGGAGCCACAUUCUCCAAUUCAUGUACACAAUCAACCAGGAGAUAUUAUUGUUGGCUUCAUUACAUCUCAGGCGUACAUAAUUGAUGAUAAAAUAACUUUUAACCUAGAGCCUUCUCUAACAGUGUUGGAUGAAAUUAUUAUGGUGCCCAAGAAUUACCAGCAUAUUACAGCCUUGACAUUUGCAAUAAAGGAAAUUAAUGAAAACCAUCAGAUUUUAUCCAAUUGCACUAUGGGCUUCCACAUCUUUGACAGUUAUUUCAAUGCAAAAUGGAGUUAUCGUGCUGUGAUACAACUCCUAUCUUCAUUUGAGAACUUUGUCCCCAAUUUUAAAUGUAGCACCCAGAAUAAUCUGGUGGCAGUCAUUGGAGGACUAGAUCCAGAUGUCUCCCUUUAUGUAGCAACUGUCUUGGAUAUUUACAAAAUUCCACAGCUCAUAUAUGGCUCUCCUCCAGUGAUGGAUGAUAAAACCCCAGGACUGCCUUUCUAUCAGAUGGUGCCAAGAGAAUUAAUCCAAUAUGUAGGGAUUCUCUCUUUGCUUCUACAUUUCAGAUGGUUGUGGAUCGGUAUCAUUGCUAUGGAUAAUGAUGAUGGAGAAAGAUUUAUCCGAACAGUUGUUCCUCUGUUCUCCCAAAGUAGUAUUUGUUUUUCUUUUAUAGAAAAAAUUCCUAAACCAUCUUUUGAUAUUGAUGGAAGAGAAAAUAUGAUAAAGGGAGCAAGAAUACAUGAUAAAAUCAUGCUCAAUGAAGCCAAUGUACUAGUUGUCAAUGGAGAUUCUUACUCUGUGGCUAUUUUUAGAUGGUUUCCAUAUCUAUCUGAAUUAGAACAUGUUACUAAGAAUCCAAGAGGUAAAGUAUGGAUACUAACAGCACAGGUAGAACUCACUUCAUUUGUUUUUCAAAAGGAUUGGGAUGCAGAAUUUUCCAAUGGAGCUUUGCACUUUGUAGUUCACUCCAAUGAUCUACCAGAUUUUGAACUGUUUCUUAAAAAUCAAAGCCCAACAACCCACAACCCAGAUGGUUUUAUCAGGGACUUCUGGCAACAAGCCUUUGGUUGUGUGUUUCAAAAUCAACAUCUAGAUGAAGUGAAAGGAAAAAUUUGCACAGGGAAAGAAGACCUAAAGAGUCUUCCUGCAACUUUCUUUGAAAUGCAAAUGACUGGUCAAAGCUACAAUGUCUACAAUGCUGUUUAUGCUGUGGCCCAUGCUUUAAGUGAAAUGUCUUCUACGAUAACUAGAGGACUCAAAUAUAAGGGAAAAAGAACGGCUAAAGGAGUAGAUGUUAAGGUUCAUGACUUGUGGAAGCUCCACCAGUUUGUUAGGACCAUCUCCUUCAACAAUAGUGCUGGGGAAACUAUCACUUUUAAUCAGGAUGGACAGUUGGAAGCUGGAUUUGAUGUGAUUAACUGGAUCGUUUCUUCCAAUCAGUCCUUUCAACACGUGAAAGUUGGAAGGGUGGACCCCCAGGCCAUUCCAGGCAAAGUGUUCACCAUCAAUGAAAAUAUUAUAACAUGGCAUAGUUGGUUUAAUCAGGCACAACCCAUCUCUCUGUGCAGUCAGAGUUGCAUUCCAGGAUCAAGGAAGAAAAUGAGGGAGGGGCAGCCAUUUUGUUGCUUUGAUUGCAUUCCAUGUCCUCAAGGGAAGAUUUCAAAUAUGAAUGAUUGCAACAAAUGUUCAAAUGAAAAAUAUCCAAGCAAGACCCAGGAUUUCUGCAUUCUGAAAACUGUAAGCUUUCUGUCUUUUGAAGAACCUUUGGGACUUUGCUUAGGAUUGUUUGCUGUUUCCUUUGCGCUGAUCACAGCCUUCAUGCUUGGAAUAUUUCUGAAGCAUCACAACACACCCAUUGUCAUAGCCAACAACCGAGACCUCACCUAUGCUCUCCUAAUUUCCCUCUUGCUCUGCUUUCUAUCAGCCUUGCUUUUUAUUGACCGGCCUGGGAAAAUCUUGUGUCUCCUGUGCCAAACCACUUUUAGUAUGAUCUUCUCAGUGGCUGUUUCUUGUGUGCUGGCAAAAACCAUCAUAGUUGUUCUGGCUUUCUUGGCUACCAAGCCAAAUUCUGUAUUGAAAAAAUGGGUGGGGAAAAAAUUUGCUUAUUCCAUUGUUCUUUUCUGUUCCCUUAUUCAAUCAAGCAUAUGUAUUAUAUGGCUGUCAAAUGCUCCUCCCUUCCCAGAUAUUGACAUGGACUCAAUGGAAGAUCAAAUUAUUCUGGAAUGUAAUCAAGGUUCCGUGACUAUGUUUUAUUCUGUGCUGAGCUAUCUGGGGUUUUUGUCUAUGGUAAGUUUCAUGGUGGCCUUUCUUGCCAGGAAGUUACCAGAUACUUUUAAUGAAGCCAAAUUUAUCACAUUCAGCAUGUUGGUUUUCUGCAGUGUUUGGUUAUCCUUUGUUCCAACUUACCUGAGCACUAAAGGAAAAUAUAUGGUAGCUGUGGAGAUCUUCUCUAUCUUAGCCUCCAGUGCUGGAUUGCUAGGAUGCAUUUUUCUCCCCAAGUGUUUCAUUAUUUUAUGGAGGCCUGAGCUAAACAGUAGGAAACAGUUAAUGAAAAGAAAGAAAUAA